AUGUCUCCUAUGUUUGUGUCGAUUGGGACUGGAUGGCGUCCUGCUGCGCGCCGCUGGACACGCUCCUCUUUCACCGGGAAACAGCUGAGAGUCUGCAUCCUACCUGAAUCCCCCAACAAGGAGUUGGUCUUGGUUAUCGGGGAUUCACAUCUCAGAUCCUUCGUGGAGAGAGAUGUGGACAUCAGAGCAGAUGGCCCAUACUCCUUUGGGUACAUUUGCUCCCCUGGUGCUACAGCUGACACCCUGGAGACUGACGUACGCCAUUCCACUGUCAACCAACGCAUGUCAAAAUGUGUGGUGCUGGCUACGGGCAAUGACUCUUCCACCAGGGGCCAGACAGUGGAGCGGACAUGUGUGGUGGCCUUCCCUGCUCGUCAUGUGGUCAGUGUGGCCAAGCAGAACCAGUUUCGUGAAGCAUACAAGGCGGCAGCAGAGGAAGAAGGGCUGCAGUAUGUCUUCUGUGUGCACAACUUCCCUAUGAAGAACCUGCGUCUCUGGGCUAAGGAUGGUGUAAAAGAGUCUACAGUUGACUGCCACCAGCACAAGAAAUGUUUCCCUGCGACAGGUCACCGGUCUGUGUGCUAUUCCCGUGUCUGCUGGCCGCUUCGCUGUUUUGUCUGCACCACAGAAGACUCCUUCAACGUCAAGAACCCAACUACCCUGGCAACAAAGAAGACCCUGAACCUGGAGAACUCCUCUGAGUCAACUUUGGAAGACCCAAUCAAACCUGGUGAUUGGAUGAAGCAUGCAGCCAGAGUUGGGGAAGCAGCGAGCUCAACAUCAAGCUGGCAACCUCGAGUUGUGCUGGAAAAGCUGGAGACAACUGUGGCAGAGGCGGCAGUCAGACCUGCUAUCAACACAGCACCGACAGAAGAUCAGCAGGUGCAGACUGAUGCUGUGUCAGUGACACCACGUCCAUCUACCUGCACAGAGCCUGAAGUGACUAUAGAGCUGGUGGAGCCUGAUGUGAAGAGACCCAGGAGGACCUCCAGUCCUGUUCACAGAGAAGCAGAUGUGCAGGUUAUCUCCAUAACCGUGAUGUGUCUGCACAAGAAGCUGUUGGGGAUUGGGACUGGUUGGCGUCCUGCCGUGCGCCACUGGACACGCUCCUCUUUCACCGGGAAACAGCUGAGAGUCUGCAUCCCACCUGAAUCCCCCAACAAGGAGUUGGUCUUGGUUAUCGGGGAUUCACAUCUCAGAUCCUUCGUGGAGAGAGAUGUGGACAUCAGAGCAGAUGGCCCAUACUCCUUUGGGUACAUUUGCUCCCCUGGUGCAACAUCUGACACCCUAGAGACUGAUGUACGCCAUUCCACUGUUGACCAACGCGUGUCAAAAUGUGUGGUGCUGGCUACGGGCAAUGACUCUUCCACCAGGGGCCAGACAGUGGAGCGGGCACAGAAGAACUUCCAGAGUCUUCUGUCUACAGUAAAACGUCUUUGCCCAAAGACAUGUGUGGUUGACUUCCCGGCUCGUCAUGUGGUCAGUGUGACCAAGCAGAACCAGUUUCGUCAAGCAUACAAGGCAGCAGCAGAGGCAGAAGGGCUGCAGUAUGUCUUCUGUGUGGACAGCUUUCCUAUGAAGAACUUGCGUCUGUGGGCUAAGGAUGGUAUCCACCUCAGUGUACCUGAAGGCAUGCGAGUCUUGUCAGACUUGAUCUGUAAGGCCAUCAGGGAGCUGUCUGAGAGCACCGUGGAUUCUGCCCACCCAAGCCAGAAGACACCUGCCGCCCCGUGUGUGAAGCCCCUGCCGAAGACCCCAGAUGUGGUUGUGACCUGUCCCACAUCCAGAGCAGUCCGAGUCCCAUCUACCACUCCACAGACGGACUCUGAGGGCUGGGAAUUUGGAAAGAAGAGUCUACAGUUGACUGCCACCACGAGAAAUGUUUCCCUGCGACAGGUCACCGGUCUGUGUGCUAUUCCCGUGUCUGCUGGCCGCUUUGCUGUUUUGUCUGCACCGCAGAAGACUCCUGCAAUCUCAAAGAACCCAACUACCCUGGCAACAAAGAAGGUGAGUCAAGCAAGGACUGCCGUGCCAAGUAGAAGUCAGCCAAAGAGACAGAUGAAGCAUGCAGCCAGAGUUGGGGAAGCAGUGAGCUCAACAUCAAGCUGGCAACCUGGAGUUGUGCUGAAAAAGCUGGAGACAACUGUGGCAGAGGCGCCAGUCAGACCUGCUAUCAACACAGCACCGACAGAAGAUCAGCAGGUGCAGACUGAUGCUGUGACAGUGACACUACGUCCAUCUACCUGCACAGAGCCUGAAGUGGUCGUGGAAGUGGUGAAGCCUGAUGUGAAGAGACCCAGGAGGACCUCCAGUCCUGUUCACAGAGAAGCAGAUGUGCAGGAGGAGCCUGAUGUGAAGAGACCCAGGAGGACCCCUAGUCCUGUUCACAGAGAAGCAGAUAUGCAGGUACCAAUGAAGAAGGUCUGCUGUGGAAAGCAAGUCCCUGUCGUCAGACUGCAGCGGCCGUCACCCGAAGAGUGCAAAGCAAAAGUGGCCAAGAAGGAUUCCUGCCAUGAAAAACAAGCAUCUGUUCAACUACAGCCUCUGCAGCAUGAAGACAGCAAAGCUCCUCAAUUUGACAAUAUUGUUGGGUCAUUUCAUCAAGGACACGCAAUAUUUCAUCCACAAAGUAGAGGAAAGCAGUGCACGGCCAUUGCUUUGGCUGCAAUUGUUAAACACACACACCUGCGGGAGGUGCAUAAAUGGUCUCAGAAAGAUCUAAACAUGACUUUAUUGGAAGGUGAUCGUCUGUACAUAAGAAAGAAGCAUCGUAUUCCUGAGGAUCAGUCUUAUUUGGGAGCUUUUGACUUUAAAAACGAGGAGAAGCUGUUUGGCAAGACGUUUUGUUUGGAAAUGGUCACUGUUAUUGGACGUCUGCUUUCAGUCACCAACCCUGAGAAAAAAGUAUGUUUUGUUACUUUGAAGACAGCUCUGGAAGAACAUCUUGCUACUGACAACGCUUGUCUCUUCACCAUGUCAGGCAGUACAUGUGCUAUUAUCGCUAAAAAUGGCAUGUAUGCUAUUGUGGACUCCCAUGCACGCAGUAAAUCUGGGAUGGUAGAUGGCAAUGGUUCAAGUGUUGUGGUGUUUUUCACGAGCAUCAGUGAAGUUUAUGACCACAUCAUCCAACUUGCAGCAGGAUUCAUUGUGCCAAAUGUUGAGUUUGAGCUCAAUAGCGUGGCAGUGACUUUGAAAGACUGUGACUGUGAUGGUGUGACUGUUGAGCCUACUCUGAGCUGUCCUCAUGGUGUGACUGAACUUAAAAGUAACCCCAGUUCCUGUGUUACUGAAAGUACUGCUGCAACUGACACGGCUGGUUUGAAAGCUUGUGAUCCUGGAUUCAAGACAAAGGAAAAUUUACCAGAAGUAGGACACAAAUGUGGCAGAACACAAAUGAAAUCUCCAUUGCACAAAAAGCGAUCCAGGGUUGACACAGAGUUAAAAAGUGGAUCUCCAAUUGUCAAGAAAGCCAAACUGCAUGAUGCAAAUGACAUUACAAUCGUUGGUUAUGAGGAAAAUGCUUUGCAGUUUAAUCCUCUUUCUGAAAAAGUGUGCAAGGCAAUUUGCUAAAUUCUUCAUGUUGAAUUUGAAAAUUGCAAUGUUAAAGAGUCCUUAUGCGCUGGGGAUGCUGGAGUGCCGUGCCAUAAUGAAAAGAUUGUUGCAGAUGGUAACUGUUUCUUCCGUGCCAUUUCUCAAGCCAUAAGUGGGACACAGAACCACCAUAGAAGAAUCAGACUGAACGCAGUGAAGCACUUAGAAAAGAAUCCUGAAAAAUAUCACUGCCUUUUGAAUGAAGAACAUCAGCAUUUGACUGUGGCAGAGUACAUUAAACUGCAAAAGAUGUCUUAUGUAAACACCUGGGCAACACAAGCUGAAAUUCAAGCCACAGCUGAUUGCAUUGGAGUUGAUAUUUACACGUUCUAUCAAGGCAAAUGGUUAAGAUUUCAAAACAGUGGAAAACAACAGUCUGCUGAAGGCAUCUACCUACAGAAUCACGGAGCUCAUUAUGAACAUGUUGUCUGUGUCAAACAAGCAGCAGUAGUUCCAUACAAACAAAAGAACUACAAAAACAAAGCAGCUCAAGUAACGGCGGAAACAUGUGUCUCAGAUGAGUAUUUGCAUGAAUGUACCUCUGACUGCAAUGCACCAUGUCCAUUACAAGAAUCAAGAGGUGAGCUUUGGAUGUGCAAGGUUUGUCAUUCAAAGAUCCAAAGAGGUGUAACCCCAGCAGAAUGGUGGGGAAACAAUUUACAACUGGAUUCAAUUCCUCUUGAGUUGGCUUGUUUGAAUCAUCUUGAAAAACAUUUGAUUGCUUUAAACAUUCCAUUUAUGAAAGUAUUAGCUUUACCAAAGGGUGGUCAAAAUGGAUGCCACGGACCAUUUUUUUGCAUCCCUUCUUCAGUAAAUCAUACUUGUUCUGUUUUGCCUCGGUCAAAUCUAGAAGGUUGUCUGUUACGUGUUAAAUUAAAGCGCAAGCUAUCUUACAAAGGACAUUAUGAAUAUCACUUUGUCGACACAAAUCACCUGAAAGAAGCACUUAAAUAUUUAAAGGAAAACAAUCAAUAUUAUCAAGACAUAGAAAUAAAUGAAGAAUGGGUGAAUGAGUUUGCUAAAGAAGAAGAAAACCAAGCACAAGACGACUCUAAUGAUAACGCACAAAAAAACAGUUCCCCUGAAGAUGCACAAGACAAAACUCAACAUGAAGAAGAGAAACACACUGAAGAAGUCUUGAACAAUAAUUCAAAACAAACUGAGUCUCCUGAUGAAGAAGAUGAAACUCUACAUGACCGACAGAACCACUGUAUUUAUCAAGAUUCUUGUUCCAUGCCUGUUGAUCUUGGUCAAGAAACUCUUGAUCAGGGUUUUGAAGAUAUAAUUAAUCUGGCACCUGCUGAAGGAAACAAUCCUGUGCGUAUUUUGUCAGAUAAAGAUAAUGAAGCAAAAUCCUUUCCAUAUCUUUUUCCAUCAGGGAACAAUACUUAUCAUACGCCCAGACAGUACUACUUGACAUUGGCACGAUAUUUUAAUAACAGAAUAUUGCACGCUGAUGGAAGGUUUGCAAAGUGCGUUGAAUACAUUUUUUUUGCACAAUACAUGUCAGAAGUUCAGCAAGUCAUACAGCAAGUGUCAAUAGCAUCACGCAAAGGACACACAAACCCUGCAAGCCAAAAAGACAACGCUCCACAAAACAUCGAGUCUUUGCAGGAUAUCAUUAAGACUGAUGAAGGAUAUCGCUUUCUAAGGCCAAUAAGAGGUACUCCAAGCUUCUGGCAAGGUGCACAAAAAGAUUUACUUGCCAUGGUGCGGAAUCUGGGAAAACCAACUUUCUUCUGCAGUUUUUCGUCUGCAGACUUGCGCUGGGGAGGGCUUUUAAAUUCAAUUUUGAAGCAAGAGGGGAGAACUGAAACUUCUGAGAGUUUGGAGUAUGCAGAAAGGUGUGAACUGUUGCGUAAUCGCCCUGUCACUGCAGCACGCAUGUUUGACUACAGGUGGCAUCUCUUGUUGAAUUACGUGUUACUAUCUUCAUUGAAUCCAAUUGGAAAGAUUAAAGAUUACUUUUAUCGUGUAGAAUUUCAACAACGUGGAUCACCCCAUGUACACGCUUUAUUUUGGAUUGAAGAUGCUCCUGAGAUUGGAAAAAACACAGAUGAAGAAGUGGUGCAAUUCAUCGACAAGUACAUAACAUGUGAAAUACCCACCCUCGAUCAUCAAUUAGCUGAAACUGUUACCUCCGUGCAGCAACAUUCUCAACGCCAUUCGAAAAUCUGUAAGAAAAAGAAUACAGCCUGCCGGUUCAAUUUCCCACGCCCUGUAUCUGAACGUACUUUCAUCACCAAAAAACAGAAAAUGCCAAAGUGCCAAGGUGACACUGCAACAAACAGCCAAGAACAAAAUAAAGCCACUGUGGAAUGCAUAUGCUCUCAGAAUGAACAGAACUUUAUGAAAGAAGAGGAUGCAAUGAAAAUACUGACAACUGUUAAAAAAGCACUUCUGGAUAAAGACAAUCCCAUUACGAGUAUCCAGCAACUGUUUCAAAAUGUUGGCAUUACGCAGGAAGUAUGGGAAAAAGCACUUAAAUGUGUUGAAAAACGCAUGCAAAUUGUCCUGCAAAGAGAUGUCAAUGAAAUUUGGAUUAAUCCAUAUAAUCCACUUUUGUUGAAAUGUUGGAAUGCCAACAUGGACAUCCAGUAUGUGGUUGAUGUAUAUGCUUGUAUCGUUUAUAUUAUCAGCUAUAUGUCCAAAUCUGAGAGAGAGAUGGGGCUGUUGUUGAAACAAACACACCAAGAGGCCACAAAACAGGGAAAUUCUGAUGCCAAAGAAGCUAUGAAGAAGAUUGGUCAAGCCUACCUCCACAACCGUGAUGUGUCUGCACAAGAAGCUGUGUACAGAAUCACUCAAAUGCACCUGAAAGAAUGUUCAAGGAAAGUUGUGUUUAUCCCCACAGGUGACACAAUUUUCAAACUCACCAAACCACUAAAUGAACUGAAAAAGUCAGGAAACAAUGACAUUUGGAUGACUGGAUUUGUGGAUCGAUAUAAGAACAGACCACAGAAUGACACUUUUGAUAAUAUGUGCAUAGCCACAUUUGCAUCAGAAUACCGUGUGUUAAGUACAUCAGAAAAGAAAUCCAAAAAUGCGAUCAAGUUACAGAAUUCAUGUGGAUAUAUUUCAAAGCGAUUCAGAACCAAACCUGCUGUUGUGCGCUAUGCACGGUUUUCCCAAACAAAGAAUCCUGAGCUAUAUUAUAAGAGCCUGUUACAGCUGUUUUUUCCUUAUCGUCAUGAUAACGACCUCAAACCUUCAUCAUUUCAUUCUUUUGAACAGUUCUACAAAGAAGGCACAGUGCAGCUUGGCAACCAGACCGUUUCAGUGAUGUCAAUUGUGAAUUCAAACAGAUCUCACUAUGACAUUGAAACUGAAGAUUUGGAAGAGAUUAAAAAUAAUCUGGACUCUAAUGAAAUAUUAGAGGAUGCUUGGGCCAUGCUUUGUCCUGAGCAAGAAGCAGAACGUUUGGAAGCCACUGAUGAACUUGCACAGAGUAAACUGGAUGACGAAGACCCCUUGCCCCAUAUUCCUGAUUUAGGGAUAGCUAACAAAGAAACUGCUCAUUUAGAAAAACAACACAAUGCGAUGACUCAAGCUGAAGGUUUGGAUUUAAUUCGAUCUUUAAAUGACAUCCAGCUGUCUAUAUUUUUCAAAAUACAAAAAUGGUGCAUACAAAAAGUCAAUGGAAAUGAUCCAGAACCUUUACAUGUGUUCAUCACUGGUGGCGCUGGCACAGGGAAAAGUCACUUGAUUCGGGCCAUUUAGUACGAAGCCAAUCGUCUGUUUGCUCCAAUGCGACGCCACCCAGACAACAUGAGUGUUUUAAUAACAGCACCCACUGGUAUGGCAGCAUACAAUCUAAAUGCAUCUACAAUUCACAGUGCAUUUAGCAUUGGAACAGAUGUGACACUUCCCUACAUACCAUUAGGUGAAGAAAAACUCAAUUCUCUCCGUGCCAAAUAUAUUGACCUCAAGUUAGUAAUCAUUGAUGAAAUAUCAAUGGUUUCUCAUAAACUGCUCACAUAUAUACAUGGACGGCUGAGGCAAAUCAAGCAAAGAGGUGAUGUUUCCCCUUUUGGAAAUGUCAGCCUUAUAGCAGUUGGUGAUUUCUAUCAGUUACCACCAGUUAUGGCAAAAGGCUUGUACACUGACAAUCUACCUGUGAACUUUUGGUCAAGUUUCCAAAUGGCUGAACUGAAAACAAUUGUCAGACAGAAGGAUACCACAUUUGCAGAAUUACUGAACCGAUUAAGAACACGAUCGAAAGGGACACCCAUGCUUCAUGAAGACAUCCACAUUCUACAAAGUCGUGAAACUGGAGAGCAGUCUUCUGCUCUACAUAUUUUUCCAACAAAUUCACAGGUAAAUGAACAUAACUUUAACCAGCUCCAAGCCACUUGUCCUGACUAUCAAACAAUAGAUGCACAGGACUAUCACUACAACAGGAAAACUGGAAAAAUGGAAAGCAAAGUCACACCUCACAGUAAAAACAACCUCACCAGUCUGCAGAAACAGCUAUUUUUGGGUGUUCCUGCUAGAGUUAUGCUGUGUAAAAACAUUGAUGUGGAGGAUGGAUUAGUCAAUGGAGUCUGCAGAACUGUAACACAUAUUAGUGAAACAGAAAGAAAUGGACUUCCUGAAGCUGUGUAUGUUCAGUUUGAUGACAUCAAUGUUGGUACACAGAGACGAAAGAAGUACCCAUCCACUGCACCUGCUUUAAUAAACUCCACAUGGAUACAGCCAGAGGAGGAAAGGGCUAACAGCAAAGGGGAGAAACGUCGUCAGUUUCCUCUUGCACUUUCCUGGGCUGUUACAAUCCACAAAGUACAAGGCCUGACUGUUGACAAUGCUGUGGUGUCGCUAAAGCAAGUGUUUGCCUCAGGACAAUCUUAUGUGGCUUUAAGUCGUGUAAGAAGUCUAGAUGGCCUUAUUAUCCAGGACUUUGAUGAGAAGGCUAUUUAUUGUAAUGAUGAGGUAAAACAUGCCUUGGAAGCUAUGCCACGCUUCUUGGACGACGAUGUGUCACAAGCCAAACAGUCUGCUGAUGUGUUCAGCUUGUUUUUGAUGAAUGUUCAGGGUUUAGUAAAACAUGUACCUGAUUUGGUGUCAUCGACGCUGCAUUUACAGCCUGACUGUAUAGCUGUGACAGAAACAUGGUUAACAUCUCAGUCUGCACUUCAUAGUGUUGACAUAGACGGUUACAGUUUUCACAGCCGUCCACGAAGUCUGGCAUACGAACACAGCAAGCAUCCGGCUCUUACUACACUCAAAAGUCAACAUCAUGGUGGAGUGGGCAUGUAUUGCUCACACAACACAAACUGUCACUUUCCUGAUGUACCCCAAUUUAAUUUGGAGUGCUUAAUUUACAAAAAUGUAAAUCAUCAGGUUUUAGUUGCUGUUGUGUAUCGUCCACCAACAUAUCCCAUGUCUGUGUUCAAGCAGAAUUUGAAAAAUCUGCUAACUUGGCUACAGGCACAAAGUCAGUCCAUUGUGGUUAUGGGAGAUUUCAAUGAUGACAUAUUGAAAUCAUCAUCACUGUGCAAUUUCAUGAGCAGUUAUGGAUAUGUUCAGAAUGUCACAUCUCCAACUACAGAACGAGGCACUUUGAUUGAUCAUGUCUAUGUCAAAUCUCAACAAUAUGAGAUUUCAUCAGAGGUUGUUCCAACAUAUUUCAGUGAUCAUCAGGGCAUAGUCUGCUCUCUUAAGCUGAAGUCUGUGUAG